AAACGAAGGACACACUUCUUCAACCCAUGGACAUGUCUGCUGGCGGCGGCGGUGACCAUGGCCGAUUCCGUGACACCAAGGUUCCAUUACCUCCACCACGCUACCGCUUCACGUCAGAGCACACCUCACGCGUCAUCACCAUGACGGCGCCGAGUGUAGGCGACCUUGACGUCAAGCCCAACCUCGCCGCACUGAUCGACUACACGGUUCCCGUGCCACUGUCGAGGUGGGGGUUGCAAGUGUCGAAGCCCACAUUCCAAAGCAACUACGCGAUACCGCCGCCGCGUCCAAUACCUGCGUCUGCGGAUGCUGCUGCUCCAUCGUACCCACCACACCAACCCGCUUGUACCAUUGCGGUGAAGGCCGAGGCGGUAGCAGCCCCAACCCAAGCAUCUCAUCUGCAUUUAGCCAUGCGCACGCCGUCACACCAACCUAGUACAUCUCGUACCUCGUCCGUUUUUAGUAUCUCCACAGCCCCAGCUGCAUUGGUUCCAGCACUAGACAGCACCUUCCAUCCAAUAAAACCCGAACCUUCCACCACGUCCAUGCUUCGUCCUGCUGGUCUCAACAACAAGAGAGCGUUGCAGCUUGAUCACGACGACACAGUCCACCAGCAGCCGCGGCGGCGGCUAUCCAUUGCCGACGACGAUAAUCGCAUGUACAGUCGGUCGUCGAGGAUACCCGUCGGUGCUCACGACAUGAUCAUCAGGGUACUCUUUAGCGGUCCGUUGCGAGGCGCAUCCAAUGGCUCGUGCGUGGUCCCAUCGUGCACACACGCCCCUUCCUCCCCGCUCUUGGUGGAAUGGCCAUUCCUUGACGUUCAAGAUCACGUGGACCACUUGCAGUCGUGUCUUCUCCACCCCGAUGGCCUCAACAUGCACGAAGGUUCCCCGCGAGGUGUGCAGUUGGCAUGCCAAGUGGCCACGCCAGCGACCGUCCAUGCUCUGCGCCUCUGUCCGAACGUCAAGGUCGUUCACUUCUUUGGCCAUGGCUCUGCGCAGGAGGGGCUCUACCUCGAGGGCGACGACUUUACGGCGACGCCGUUGCCAUGGCCGGAUCUCGCCGCUGUGUUUCAGCAAGCCAACGCUUGUCGCCCCAUCAUCGUGCUAUCUGCGCACUCCAACGAUGGCCUAGGAUCGACAGUAGCGGAUGUCUGUGGCGUGUCGUACGUCGUGUGGGUUGACCUGUCUCAUCACAGUGCCCACAAGGACUUUCUCACUCAUUUUUACACUCAAUUGGUCGGUGGGGCGACCGUCCAAGCCAGUUUCCUACACGCCAAGACUCGGGUACCUCUGACGGCAUGCGAGUUGUACUGUUCACAGCAACCUCGUGUUUUUAUCAAGGAAGAGUUGCAUCAUGCUCGUGACUCGGUCAUGUAUCCUCCAACGGGUGACGAUAGAUCAUCCUCUGCCUCCAAUCGCCACGUGGCAUGUCCCGCGCUGGCGUCUUUCACUGGCUUUCCUCGCUUUACCCACAGAUUUUGCGAGCGAUCGCACGAGGUGGGCCAUAUUGGAGCGUACAUUUUGCACCCAAGCGUGCGGCUGGUGGUCAUCUCUGGCCCCCCGGGCAUGGGCAAGACGUCGCUCGUGACUGCCGUCGCGCAGCAUCUGCACGUCCGAGCCAAAGUACACGCGUUGGUGUACAUCUCGACCAUCCAUGAUCAUGGGAUGUCCCUCGUACAAAUGAUCGAACGAGCAGCCAGUCAACAACAUACCCGUCGUCUUGCAUCUCCAGUGUCCUUGUCCUCGUCACCAUCGCCUCCUUGUCUGGUGGUAGUGGACGAUAACAAUGCCUCCACUUUAUCGCACGGCAAGUUGUGGGAGGACGUGGCAGCUAUAUGUGCAUCGCAUGCCCACAUCAAGUUCGUCAUAACGCAAACCGAGUCGGCUCGGACGCCCGAAUGGACUCGCGGCGGCCUCGUGACAUGGACGAUGCCGCCGCUGUCGGUGCUCGCAAGUGCCCGACUCGUGCAAUCCGUCCAGCAUCUCUGUCCCGACACCGUUCUAGACCUCGCCACCGACGUCCGAGUCGUUCAAGCCAAAGGACUUCCGGGCAAUCUGGUCGCGUUAUUGUAGUAACCAUCCCAUCUUAAUCAACAAAGUCGUCCAAGUUGGUGCAA